CUUGAAUUUUUCGUUUCCUACACCCACCAGUACCAUUGAACAUCAUGUCCCUACUAGCGACGCGUGACGUCGAAGCGGCAGAAGAAGCCGACAUCGGAGGCGGUUCUUCUUCGUCCUCUGGUGAUACAGGUAGAAUUAGCGAGGACGAGGACGAGCUGCAGCUGCAAGACCUGCAAACAAUACGCGAAGUAGUUGUUAAAAACGAAGCAACUACAACUUCUUCUACAACUACAUCUUCUUCUACUACGCUAAAAAGUCGAGAAAGCGAAGAUCCUGGUCGACUUUGUAGCGCGAGUGCGAGGAUGGAAAAGCUUGCUCAGGAGGAAGAGAAUAGAGCGAAGAUGAAGAAGGCUAAAAAAGGUAAGAAGAAAGAGGAGAGCAACCGAGAAGAUGCACUCCUUAUUAAGGCUGUACCUAAUACAUCUUUGGGCGUAUCCCUGGAACUACGUAUGGAGGAGUAUCCUAAGGGAAUACUCUCCCAUACUUUUCAAGGAUGCACUUGAAAGAUGAAUUACGGACAGCUCUAACCUUACUUGCGUUACUAGCAGUGAUGAGGACGUCGCGAACGGGAUGUCUGUUGACCAAAAUACCUCUCCAAGUGGAGCUUCUUCUUCUAUUAACCUACUACCAAAAUCUGAUCGUUUCAAGGAUGCUGGAGCAACGCCUCGGAGAAAGAGCACACUCAGAACAUUUUCAGAAGAAGAAGAUGAUGAUAUCCCCCAUAGAAGAGCUAGCGUUUCUAGUGAGGAUGAUGCUGAUGAAGACGAUGAUAUUCCACCCAGACAAGUUGUAGAAGAUACCACUAGUGGUGAAGAUCAUGCAGACGAACAUGUUGAUGAUACCUCGCCCGCUAGAACAAGGGAUCGAAACCGUAGCGCGGAUGAUGAUAUUUUCUAUGACCACGAUCGCAGUCCAGCAAACCCAAGCAGGAACAUCAAUUCAAACUCAUCUUCGGCGUCUUCUAGUAGCACAACAAGAAACCAUGACUACGAUCAGCGCACGACGACUGACGACAGAAACUAUAAUUACAACUACUACAGUACAACCAGCUGGGACUGGGACAAUUAUGCUGAUAGAGAUCAUCAUCAUAGGCGAGACGACUCCAGUGGCUACAGGAGACACAAUGACAGACAAGAGGAUGAUGAUUAUGCCUACCACAGAAGAGGCCAUGAUGACUCCCACUGGGCAGGCAGAGACCACUAUGAAAGUAGGUCGGGGAGAGAAGAAAACGAAGAGGAAGACUACUCCUACUACGAAGAAGAUAGUCAUGGUCAGUAUGGUAAAGGCAAGGGCUCCAACAGUAAGGGAAAGGGCAAAGCGCCACGCCACUCUGAUGAGUGGGAGUCUAGAAGACGAUGGGUGAAUGAGCGCGAUCAGAGGAGGAUGAUGAGGAAUGAAAAACUUCGCUCAGCCCGUGAGAAGUGUGGUCACGCUUUAGUGCAUUACUCGAAGAGCAGUUUGAACUCUAUACUUCGUUAUGACGCCAGCACCAUGCGUGAUCGCGGAAAUUGGGUUUUGAGGACGCAUCUGCGGCCACUGAAGGAACGCAAUCGUCUACCCACCAUUGAUGAGUUGAAGUUGAUCGCUUCGGAGAAUCUGAAGAAUGGUGAGCCGAGAUAUGAGGUGUUUGUGGAAGGCGAUGAUCUGAAAUCCAAUUCAAGAAAUGGAGGUGGCAGCAGACGGCAUGAGGGACCGAUUGAACCGGUAUUUUGUCUAGAAUCUAACCUUCUAGAGCUUCUAUUAAUCCUAGAACUGAUAAUUGAUGAGUUCGACCAUGGUACUUCCUCUUUGUUCUUUAAUCUUGGCAGAUUCUUGACGAUGCAUGAUAGAAAAUUGACUAAUAUUUCAUAGCACGACAAGACAAAGUCCUGCUAUAGGUUGCAAAGCUAUAGUAUAAUGACUCAACAUUGUUUACCUCUACCGUGCCUUCAUCAGCUCUGCUGGAUUCGCGCAGUGCAUAAAGUUUCUGUCGGUCGUGAACGUAGGGGACGUGGACGACGCGGUAGCAGACGCCACGACAGGGACAGAUAUCGAGAAGACGAGCAGGACGAUGAAGGUGGUGGUGAAACAAAUACGGACUUUCUUCGCUACACAGUGCCGGACUUUGACUUUUUCGCAGCGCGCGGCUACCGCUGUUGGCAUCAGCCUGUCGCAACGCCUUCGACCACCGCCUCCUCGCCACCGGUGUCGCCGAGUCGUGGUGUAGCGGCCGAUGAAGAACAGCAUCAUAGAACAAGUUCAAGCUCAUCUAUCGCUGGCCGAGCUGCAGGGAGAAAUGCGCAGAGGGAACAACAAGGAAGACAGCGUGAUGAAGAUCAACAGCCAGAUGCUUAUACCAGCUAUUGUUACACAAGAACUAGUACCACGAUGAACUCUAGAGGACCUCCUGCAAGGGGAGACGCUGAUGACAGUGCUCCGUCAUCUGAAUGGGAGAUCGAACGAAAUACUUCGUCUAAAUGUAAAGAUUUUACUAGAGAACGUGGUGCAAAGAAGGUUCUUCGCUCUAAAGGGAAGAAGACUAAAAAUCGUGAUAACGGGCGUGAGAGUUCUUCUAGAAAUAGAACCGCCACGGACAGCACAUCAUCAAAAAAGAAGCAUUCCCCUGAGCAAAGCCGAAAGAAAAAUAACGAGAAAAGUAUGACUGGUAGUCGUGCAGCUGCUGCUCGUGUUGUGGCGGACCGUGCAACUUCUUGCCCUGAGUCGGAAGAGGAGGAACAAGACGAGAAGCUGCCUGUUGAGAUGGUGGAAAAACGUGAUGAUCGAGGAUUGGAAUUCUUCGUGGCCGUAGGUGAAUGGAGUAGGGUAUUCGGCACGCCAGAGCGAAAGAAAAGAAACCUGCGGAUACUUCAGAAGUUAUGACAGCUGCUUUGGCUCCUAUUGCUGUGAUCUUCUGGACGUAAAUAAUAGAUGCUCAUAAGAAGUAUAAUAACUACUCAUAGUUGUAGUGAGCUAAAACUGUACAUCAUGCAGUUGCAGAUGUAGUUGCAGGCACAAGAACCAGAAGUAGAACCUUGGAUGAUGAACCUUCACUCUCUAACUCUUCUCAUCUGUUGUACGGAAGACCCCGAGGAAAUCGCACACGUGAGUCCGGACGUGGUAGAUGACACCGGGCUGCAGAAGGACCAGGUCAAAGAAGAUGGCUUGGAAAGUGCACCAGCGGCACAGACAGAAACUGUUUAUCAUGCAGAUAAAAAACAAGACAAAGAGAGGCUGCUUCCACCUGAGGAUGAAAACGAGAAGACAUCUUCAGUUGUGGUAGAUCUAGCAAUUCCAGCACAAACAUCUUCCUCUUCUUCUUCCUCAUCAAAAGUAACGCAGAUGAUUCCAUCACCAUCUUCAUCAGUAACUGAUGAAGGCGUUAAGUCGUCAUCGUUAUCGAUAGAAGCUAUUUUCAAAGCAAAGCCGGAUUCAAAAAUCCAGUUCCGAACUCCUGUCCACUUCAAAGAGGUGUCUGGUGGUGUAGAAGCACUCGAGCGGGAACAAGCUUCUUGGGCGUUGGAGGAAGACGGUGCAGUACUCCUAGGAACGAAGAAAGAUGAGAAAAUGAAAAAGACGACAACCUCCACAACGCCUGGAGGUCCUCGUGGUGUGGUCACGGAAGUAGAUAUGAUCCCAACUGCAUCUGAGGUCAACAAGAAGACACUAGCAAUCUUCUUCAUGGACCAAGAUCUCUAUGACGAAAACGAGUGUCCGCCGCCUCUGCCCUACAGUUACAAGAAGAGCAAACUCCUUCCGAUUCCGUCUACCUUCUACUGUCAGCAUAUGCGCAAAGACCAAACGGAUGAAGAGGCUGGAGAGCCACAUGAGGCUGGUCGUAAGAAGAUGAAUGAUCAUCUUGGUGCUUCGAUUAAGGGUACUACUAGGUUAAAGGUGCUUUUGUUGCCGUUUGUUAUGGCUCUCUCACUUGGGUGGGGACAGCCAUGACAAGCGGGAGAACCCACGAACACCAAAAGCCUACCUCUAAUACAACCAAAAAAACUCGAUCCGAUUCGCCAGCUCGAACACAGGAUAACUCCACGAAGCAGGAUCGAGCAAACGACGAGAAGAAAAACAAACGCGACCCCAGUGUCCCACGCAAAAGCAAAGACCAGGCGGACUGUACUGGUGCACCGCGUGGUCGCUGGUGGCAUCUGAUCGAUCGAGAGCUGCUAAGUCCACCAAAAGAAGCAGUAAAUCGAUAUCGCGCUACCUUUCUGGACCCUGCAUCCGCGCGAACGUUGUUUUUUGAACAUGUGUCGUGAGUUGUGUUACAGGUGAGCUAAGCUUGACCACGUUGUAGAAGUUUUUUGAGCAUGUUGUCUUCUAGGAUGCAUGAUUUUUCGAAGUUUUUGUUUCAGUGGAGGUGGACGUAAAUAGGAGCGAUAUAUAUUUAUCUGGAGGACUAUAAAGAUGAUUUCUUGUGCAAUAGAAGCUAUGGAAGACCUUCAAUCAAAUGUAUGUAGUACGCAGUUACAUUUUCAAUCAGUCAUGAGAAAAAUACAUUACGCUCAUUACUACCGCUACCCAUUCUCAUCCGUGUUUUUAUUCAUCCCCUUCCCCGUCAUUCUUGGUUCGUGUACUUAUAUCCUCGUCAGUCGAAGACGGAGAGCGUCAUAGCUAUGCGUACAUCGCAAAGUGGUUCCGUCACCAUUAUUAAUGAACACCCGUAGAUGGUAGAUAUUGAUAUUGAUUAUGGGCAUUCACCGUGCUGGUUUCUGAAACAAACUACAUUCUGACUUUUCCCUGAAUAUAAAGGUAAAUGGUUUUGGCCUCAAUCAAAGCAAUCGCAGAACUCAAGCUUCAGUUCUUAUCUUACUUUUUCUUUGACGCUUUGGUCCUCAUGGUGUGUUGGAAAUUGCGG